AUGCGAUGGACCAGACGGUUCUCGACAUCUCCCCGCAAUGCUAGAUACGCAGAUACUCUACAAAACCUCAAAAUCGGUGCUCAUACGCGUGUUUUGUUCCAAGGUUUUACUGGAAGGCAAGCGACUGCUAAUGUCAAGGAGUCUUUGGAAUGGGGCACCAAGAUUGUGGGCGGCGUCAAGCCAGGCGUUGAGGGAGAGCAUUUAGGUCUCCCAAUUUUCCCAUCCGUCAAAGCGGCCCAGGAGAGGGCGAAACCCGAUGCUUCUGCCAUCUAUGUUCCAGGAAAUCAAACGGCUAAGGCAAUUGAGGAAGCUAUUGAAGCUGAAAUUCCGCUCGUGGUCGCCGUAGCUGAGCACGUCCCCAUCCAUGACAUCCUUCGAAUUCACUCCAUGUUGCAAACUCAAUCUAAAACCCGUCUGGUGGGAGCAAACUGCCCCGGCAUUAUCUCUUCUAUUGGUAAAUGCCGGAUCGGCUUUCAGCCCUUGCCCUGCUUUGCACCCGGCAACGUCGGUAUUGUGGCCAAAUCAGGAACACUGAGCUACGAGACAGUCGCCUCUACCACCCGAGCUGGACUUGGUCAGAGUCUUUGCAUUAGUAUGGGUGGUGAUGUGCUAGCUGGUACUAACUUUGUUGACGGGUUGAAGAUUUUUGAGCAUGAUCCCGACACGCAGGGUAUCAUUCUUGUUGGAGAGAUUGGUGGAACUGCUGAGAUGGAUGCUGCCGAGUGGAUCAAAGAUUACCGACAGCGAACUCCCAAUCCCAAACCCAUCAUGGCCCUUAUUGGCGGUUUGGAAGCGCCACCAGGCCGGGUUAUGGGACAUGCAGGAGCAUGGGCUGCUCCCGGGGAAUCCGAUGGUCAAACUAAAUACCAGGCACUCGAGCGCGCAGGAGCUGUCAUGGUCAAUCACCCGGAGAAAUUUGGCGAGGGAAUGAAGACUCUACUAGGUGGCACGACCAGCCGUGUAGGCACAUUCCAUCCUAUCUCAGGCGCAGCACCCCGAUCGCGUGGAUAUCAUACUAUGAGACGAGUGACCCCGUCUUCCAGGACGUUGAUUGCAGAGCAAAAGCGUACUCUCUAUCUUAAGAAGUUCCAGGCAUUCGAUAUCUUGAAGCAGAAAUCAAUCCACAUCAAAGAAGGUGUAACUAACUCAGAUGGAUCUAUAUCCGUCUCAGUGGAUCGGACCGCCCUGUCUCCAUGCAUAAUUGUCUCUCCCGGUUCAGGAUUCGAUCCUGUUCAAUCUCACAGAUUUCCAUUCAGCUACACCCAGGCUUCGUUUGAUAACAAUACCAUAAUCUCAGAGGUGGCAUCUCGCUUGGGCCUGCCCGCAUCAGCCAAGGGGCAGCUAGAAGAUUUAGUGCAAGCGUUGUGGGAGAUUUUUAAGGAGAAGGAGGCUUUUAUAUUGGAAGUACAAGUUGGAACAUCAGCCGACGGUGCUUUGGAAGUUCACGGUGCCCGGUUUGGUUUUGAUGAUGCUGCAUUCCGCAGCUCAGGCCGUCAAGAGGAUAUCCACCUCUUACGGGCUAAGGAAGAGGAAGUUCCAGAAGAAGUUGAGGCUGAAAAGGAUGGAAUUGUCUACGUGAAACUACAAGGAGAAGGAAGUAUUGGCACUCUUGUCAACGGCGCAGGAUUAGCCAUGAAUACUGUCGACGCCCUGACCAUCCACGGCGGCCACUGCGCCAAUUUCCUUGAUACCGGAGGGAAGGCGACUUCUGAGACUGUCAAGUCGUCUUUCCGAAUCAUUUGCUCGGACCCUCGUGUCAAAGCCAUAUUUGUGAAUAUUUUUGGUGGGUUGACUCGUUGCGAUAUGAUCGCUGAGGGGAUUAUCAUGGCCUUCCAAGACUUGGAUAUGAAGGUUCCUGUUGUAGUACGACUGCGUGGAACUAACGAGGAGCUUGGUCAGAAGAUGAUUGCUGAAAGUGGGCUCCCUUUGCAUGCAUUUGAUGGGUUUGAGGAUGCGGCCAAGAAAGCCAUCUCACUUGCUCGCGCUUGA